AUGCCAUACCCAAGAGAAAGAAGGUCUGCUUCACCACACAGCUCCCCUUCACCUGUAAGAGGCCGCCGGUCAAGAUCACUGUCGAGGUCUAGGAGAAGUCGCUCUAGGAGCCAAUCUGUUGAUGCAUCCAAUCCUGGAAACAAUUUGUAUGUAACAGGCUUAUCCACAAGGGUCACCUCCAGUGAUCUUGAAAAAUUCUUUAACAAAGAAGGGAAGGUUCUGGAAUGCCAUCUGGUUACAGACCCUCGUACCAGAGAAUCUCGUGGAUUUGGGUUUGUCACAAUGGAAACUGUUGAGGAUGCAGAACGCUGCGUCAAAUAUUUGAAUCGUUCUGUGCUUGAAGGUCGAUUAGUAACUGUGGAAAAGGCAAAAAGGAAGCGAGGGAGGACACCAACUCCAGGAAGUUGGGCCACAUCUGCACCCAUGUUAUUUCCAGAUGAUGACAUGGGUUGGACACCAAAUUCUCAUUUGGAACUUUUGUCACUCUUAUGCUUGUAUGUAACUUUGGCCACACUGCCACAUGAGGACGUGAUCAUGAUCGUGAUCGUAGACGAUCUCGUAGCUAUUCACCGCGUCGGUUGCCAGACAGAGAUCCGUAUUCCAGGGACCGUCGAGGAAGAUCACGCUCUCCAUACAGUAGGAGGGUGGAUGAACAUUCAGACUCGUACAGGAGGCGCAGGGAACGAUCCUUGUCAGGCGGCAGAAACCCUAGAUAGAGCAAAUUCAUCCAAAUGUGCUUCUGCUCUUCCCAGCAUUAAAUUGUUUAAUGUCUAUGAUGUGGGAUUUUAA